AGCCCGAUGACGUCAGCGAUGACGGUGGAGAAAAUAUCGUGGCGCGGGGCUGAUGCGUGUGCGCGCAGUGCAGGGCGCUCGCACAGUGGCAUCGGCGGAAGACAAAGGGAACUGCAGAGAAGCGAACUAAGGGGAACUUAGGGGAAGUGAUGUCAUGGCACUCGAAACACGUCAUAGGACUUAAGCGCGACGCACAUGGCACAUGGCGGAACCGGAUGUUGGUCUCAAACAGGUGGUAGGUCGCAGGCGGAGACCCAUAUAUAAGGUUGUGAAGCUGGGCAGGGUUGAAGUCGCUCGCUAACUCCACCGCUACACAUGCCUCGAACACCCCUGUAAAGAAGAAGAAGAGAACGGGAAUUCUAGAGUGACAACGACGCUUUGACAGCAACAUGACAGUCCGUUUCUUCCUUCUGCUUCUCGUCCAGGCGCUAGCGAUGAGCGUCGCGGCAGUCUCCAUCCCCGCCCACAGCAGCCACAUCAUCACCACGUUCAGGUGGAUGCUUGGGAAACACUACUACCCAACCCCGUCGACCUCCCUUGGCGUGAAGCUUGACGUCUCCUCGAGUCUGUGCCUGGCGCACUCGGCUCUCGCCCUCGCCUCAGACCAGCCGUGGAGCCUCUCUAUGUGGGAUGCGAGUGGGAAGAUGACGGACGGCGUGGCAGCAGGCGCCACUGAGGCUCGCGGCCACGCUGGCUUAUGCAAGAGCGUUAGUGCUGAAUUUCCUGGGACUGUGGCCUCCCAUCUGCAUGAACACCGGCACAAUAUGACUCGCCAUGAUCUUGCCCUGAACUACUUAAACUCUGAUGCACUCCUGCUCGAAAACACUGUACUGAAAGGCCGCUACUGUCUUGUAUCCGUCAGAGAUCAAAAGAGUGGUAAAAGUGCAGGAGGAUCAUCCCAGAUGUUUGCCUCCCUGGCUGGGAAAUACGGGAACACGUAUGCCACGUGCAUACCAGACACCUGUACUGCAGCCUUACUUCAGACAUCUUUGCGAGACCAAUGGGAUGAAGAUAUAGUUGUGAGUGUCGCAUGCGAAGGAGAGGAAGAGGAUUAUUUCAGCCUUCCAGACUUCGGGUUCUUGUCAUUGACAUUGGUGCUCGUGAUCCUGGCGGUGUGGGCCACGGCCUUGGACCUCCAAAAGCCUUGCGACAAAUCUUCUGGAUGUUUUUGUACUUCAGGUCGUAAGAUACUUCACUGCUUCUCCUUGGUGCAGAACGGACCUCGCAUUCUCUCAGUACCAGUCACACCAAACCAACACCAAACCCUUGAUGGAUUAAGAGUUGUUAGCAUGGCGUGGGUCAUCCUUGCACACCGCUACAUGCUGUUCCUCGUCUCUGCCUCCAAUCCCAACGACAUUCUGCAACAUAUGACAAACUGGCGGUACUGGUGGGUGUUUAAUGCCUACCCUUCAGUGGACACUUUCUUCUUCAUAUCUGCAUUUCUGGUCUCUGUAUACCUGAAGGAGCGACUUCACAGCUUCACUUUCACUGGCUUUUACGUACAGCGAUACUUGAGGCUUGUGCCCACAAUGCUGUAUACAGUGUGGGGGUGUGGGACAGUGCUGCGCCAUCUGGGUUCAGGCCUCGUCUGGGAUCGUACAUACCAGGACAUGUUUGGGCAGCCGUGUACCUCUAGUGCCUGGUAUAAUUUACUCUUCAUCAACAACUUCAAUGACUCCGGUGACAUGUGUCUAGGACACCUCUGGUCGUUGGCAGUAGAGUGGCAGUUCUUCCUCGUGACGCCUUUGGUUCUCAUUCCGCUGUACCGCUGGCCAACCUGGCGCUUCCGCUGGUUCCCGUUGGUAGCAAUGCUCAUCCUCUCAAUUGUGGUGCCCGCUGUUAUCACAAUUACCAAAGACCUGCCUCCUACAGCGUCAUUCUGGGAACAUCAGUCUACACAAAUGUAUUACAACCACAUCUACAUGGCGCCGUGGUGUCGGGCUGGACCAUAUUGUGUGGGCCUAGCAGCCGGUUGGCUAUACCACUGGAUGGCAGAAAACAGCAUUACACUCAAGCCAACGUGGAUACGAGCUGGCAAAAUCAUGAGUUUUGUUGUGGUUGCCUCCGUGCUUACCGGUCCAAGCUUCCUGACUGGACAAGGUCGAUACUGGGCAGCCCUCUACUCGUCUCUGUCAAGACCCGCCUGGGGCUGUGUCAUAGCCUUCUUCGUGCUUAACACCGCCAGAGGCAAGCCAGGUGUGAUUGCGCAGUUUUUCUCCCACCCGAUGCUGGCUCCCUUAUGCAAGGUGUCCUACUGCAUGUACCUGGUUUCCCUUCCACUGCAGACAAUGACUACUGGGAUGGCACAUAAAAACCAUUACGAUCAACUAACAGCAGUGUACCUGGUGGUUGGCGACCUCGUGUUCAGCUAUGGCGCAAGCCUUGUUCUUGCUCUGGUCGUAGAAUCCCCUUGCACGCGCCUGCUGUCGCUUCUGACAUCAGGAAAGCUCUUCCAGCGUAGCCAGCCGCCAAGGCCUCAGGCCAAGACAAGUGUGAAGGAGGCACCCAAGAGGCCUAGUAAUACCCAGGAGCUCGUGAGGGCAACACUUGCCCCGACUUUCAGCUGUGUCAGAUACAGAAACCUGUAACUUCUCAAAACACAUUCAUAUAAUUUGUAAAUAUUUGACUUAUUGACGUAUACACAAUCGAUGUAUACUCUCUUGUACAGUAGUUUAUUUUUAUUUAUUUGUACAAAUUAAUGUUGAGAAGUUUAUGAACUGUGAUGUAAUGUUUAGUCGUAGAUAAGUAUAUACAAAUAACGUCAAGGAUAUUUCUCUAAGAAGUAUUAUUAUGUAUAAAGUGCCAUGUGCAUUAAUUCUCAUACGUAUAGGAAUCAAACUCAUACUACUCAUCAAAUUAUCUAGUUAUGGUUAGUGAAAACUUGCAUUGCAUUGCUUACAAACACAUACCACACACACACACACACACAUACACAUACAUACAUGCAUAUAUGUGUAUGUAUAUAGAAAGUGUAUAGGUACAUUGCAUGCAUUCUCAUAAAAUUCCCGAUAUCUUGUGAUAAAAUACUUAGAGUGUAUAUUUAUGUGUAUAUAAAUUUUCUGUACUUUAUUUAUUAAAGAUUAUAUAGUA